AUGGCUCGCCAUUUCGUCCGCUCGUUUGUUAUUGCUGCGGCGCUCAGCCCAUUCGUCCAUGCUGGGCCAUGCCGCCCCGCUUCGAGCUCUGUAGCCGUCGUGUCGACUACUGCUGAGACGAGUGUCGCAACGGGUUCUGCUACGACUCACACCAAAGAGUCGAGUUUGACUGAAUCUUUGUCUGGUACCUCAACCGAGACCUCUGUCACCAUUAGUGAAAGUGGCUCAAGCACUGGCACUUCCACCGAGACCACUCUCGCUACCAGCAAGACUGAGUCUGGUUCCACCACUGCCGAGCAGUCUACCACGUCGGGUUCUGCUCUCUCAACUGACAUUACCACCUCAGCCAGUGAGAGCGAGUCAUCCACCGGCACCACCCUCGCUGCCACUACCUCAACUGAGUGUCCAGAGCCAGAGCCUCCUGUCUAUGAUGACCCCUUUACUCACACUGAUACUGAGGUGGCUCCCGCGACUACAUCUGAGGCAGCUACCACCACUGAAGGUGCUACGGUGACCAUCGUUCCCAGAAACUUCAUUCGACGAGGUCACCCAGAGAUCUUUGUCAGGGAUGCCACCAGCGAAGCCGUUCCUGUCAAUGGGGAAGAUCCUACCACUACUACUGCAGAGGCUACAUCUACUACCGAGGAUGCUACUACUACGACUGCAGAAGCAACCACUUCUGGGGAAGACACAACUACUGGCGAGACAACUGCCACUUCUGAAGACACCACUGCUACGACCGAAGCUCCCACCACCACAACAGAAGAGGCUACCACUACUGCUUCCGAGACUGCUAUUGGUUGCAUUAACAACAUGGAGAGACCAACACCCGAGGGUACCGUCUGCGGAACAAGGGGCUCUAUUCAAGGCGUCUCAGAUGAUUGGAGAUACUUGGGCGAAGGCGUAUCUUCCUCUCUUAUGGAGUGUUACGCAUCUUGCCAGGGGAAAAGUAACUGUGUGACAUUCUUUUACGAGAAGAACGCACAGUGCACUCUUUAUAUGGGUACUAUCACUCAGCUCAUGCCAGACCCUAAUGGUUCCAAGAGUUAUCAGACGAGCUGCUUCUGCGACACCGGCAUUGACCCAGCUCCGACCUGCUCGUAUGCUGACCCUUUCAGCAACGGUGGUUUCGAGGACGGCACAUUGUCUCCAUGGGUAGAGGAUCCUAACCCUGGUGGCUAUGACCCCGUGUACUCCAAAGUCGUUCGUGGCGGCGAGAGCGGUUCGUAUCACUUCCAAACCGGUCAAUUUGAUUACGACAAGAGCCUCUGGUUGUAUCAAGACAUCGAGGCCUGCGGUGGUACCACAUUCACCUGCUCCUACGCCUGGUGGUGGAAUGAGUACUACGCCAUCCGACAGAGGAAUGGCAAUUAUUUGAUUCCGUAUGUUCGCGUUUAUCAAGGUGACACCAACGUGGUUGGGAACAGAUGGCCUGAAAAUGAAUCCGAGACGAAAACGUGGAUGCCCGCCGAGUUUACUUUCACCAUGCCAAGUAGUGGCAAAACGAGGAUUUGGUUUGUUGCUAGCAGUCCUCAGGGUGAAUGGAUCAACAAUAGCGAUGACCCUUGUACACCUGACUGGGUUCACCGACCUAACUGGUUCGCGCUGGACUCGAUAGCUUGCCGCGCCUGGUAG